AGCCCUCUAAGUUCUCACCACCAACUUCCUGUAUCCUCUAUAGUUUGCGCAUGCGUAGUGAAUACCUUGCCUGCAUUUUAAUAAAAAGCAAAAUUAUAUGAACUGGUCUAAACAAUCUCUAUACCUAGAGCAAUGCUGGAAGGCAAGUACCAUCAAAGCUUAUGCUUUCUCAUUAUUUUCCUUGCAAUCACUGUGACAAGCAAGCCUGUUGAGAAUGAAAAAAGUAAGCAGGGGCCAUUGGCUCCAAUGUAUGAGUUUAGGAGCUGCAAUAAUCAGAGCAAAAGCAGACCAACAAUAACUUGCCCUCAAAUGAAAGAAGCAAAUGGAUACUCCUUGGCUAUUAAUGCUGAUAAUUUUAUGUCAAAUGAGGAGAUUAAAGUGAAAGUGUUCAGAACAAAGUGUCCCAUCUCAAAUGGGUCAUUACUUCCAAGAUGGUAUCAACUUGAAGCGUACUGGGACCAGGAGGGUACUAAUGAAAGCACCAGUGACUCAAAGGAACCGCAGCUAGACACUGGACGGCUAAUCCCAAUGUCCCACUACCAGGACUUCUACCAAUGUGACACUGCCACAGAAGUGCUAUUUUAUCCUUGUGAAGCAUCACUUUACAACUUUCCUGGAAGACAUAUAUGGAAAGCCCCUCAGGUUACUGACUCAAACCUCCAAAGUGGAUCAGUAUGUUUCAGGCUAACAGUGUUGGAAGAAAACAGUACAGCUUGUGAGAGGAUAGAAAAGUGUAUUGCACAUGUAAAGGACAUUGAGAUACAGGCAUUGGAAGAAUUGUAUGACGACACUCUAACAGACUAUUACGAUGAUUUAGCUGACAACAUAUCUUCAACUGAGGAUGACAUCCAUGAAGAUAUCGCCAAGGAAACGACGCUCAACUUAGCUCCAAUUUGUCGACAAAACAGGGAGUUUUACAAAUCCAUUAAUUCUUCUUGGAUACCACAGUGUGAUUGUGAAGGCCAAUAUCAACCAAUUCAGUGCAUGAUUGAGCAAGACAUAAAAUUCAUGACUUGUUGGUGCUCCUCGAAGUAUGGAGCACAAAUGUCAGAGCCAAGUAUUGUGGACUGUGGAAAUGAAUCCAUGGCAUUUGAAUUGAGCUGUGUUCCAAGAAUAUCGCCUGAGAAGUGAAGGCUACUACUCAACGUGUAAAAAUUAAUGUGUAUCACUACGUACAUGUAGCUACAUACUCAAUAAUUGUUUUUCCAGUCGAUUUUGUUUUUUAAUAGGCCGCUCUCCAGUUUAUUUUGUUGCAAAGAUAUUUUUUUAACCAGUUUUUUGUGCAACACAUUAAUUUUAAUUAUAAAUGCUCCGGCCACAAGCGCUAAGCACCUCUG